AUAGACAUGAAUUCAACUAUGGAAACAGAAAUUUCUAUUCCAUCAUCAGACCAAGUGUUUGUUAUAACAGUUUAUAGCAUCCUACUGGUUAUUGGAGCCCUAGGUAAUAUUGGAGUCUUCGCCACACUCAUGCGUUCACGGAGACGAAAAUCGAGGGUGAAUCUUCUCAUGACGCAUCUGGUCAUUGCUGAUAUGAUGGUCACAUUCAUAGUCAUACCUUUGGAGAUUGGUUGGCGAACAACAAACGCUUGGUUAGCGGGGAAUCUAGCCUGCAAGUUCUUUUUGGUAUUAAGAGCAUUUGGCCUCUACCUUUCAUCGAAUGUGCUCGUCUGUAUAUCUGUUGAUAGAUUCUUCGCAAUUUUGUACCCACUAAGUGUCACCAUAGCUCGAAAAAGGAGCAAAAUGAUGCUGUACUUAGCGUGGAUGAUCGCUUUGCUUUGCAGCUUACCACAGAGCUUGGUGUUUCGUGUGAUGCAUCAUCCAAAAGUGCAAGACUUUCAGCAAUGCGUCUCUUUCGAAGCCUUUGCCAGCCCACAUCAAGAACUUGCCUACAAUAUCUUCUGCCUCUUUGCUAUGUACUUUUUGCCAUUGAUGAUCAUUACCGUCUGUUACGUUUACAUAUUCUACGAAAUUUCAAAGAACUCUAAGGAAAAUUCAGAGAAAAACCAACAGCCAGACAGUCGCGUGAUGCUCCGACGCUCGGACCAGAGACCGCUCGUUCGUGCUAGAAGGAGGACAUUAAGAAUGACGGUCACCAUAGUCUCGGUUUUUGCUUGCUGUUGGCUGCCAUAUGCUACCAUGACCUUAUGGUACAUGGUCGACUGGCAAUCAGCUUCCCACGUGUCCGCGCGAAUUCAAGACCUGUUCUUCAUCAUGGCUGUCUCCAACUCUUGCAUGAACCCUUUGGUGUAUGGCUCCUACACACUAGACCCACAGAUUUUUAGGAGGACCGUCCGAAAAAUAUUUUGUGUACACGACAGUCCGACGGAGAUUCCAGUUAAAUCUGGCCUUCCCAGUCCACUAGUGAAUAAGAGAAACUUGCGAUACAUUAAUCACAAAAUAUUACAGAAUCAGGUGCGACAGACUUAUUGCAAAAGAUGCCCAGCGCUUGAGGAGUCCGCAACAAUUGUGGCGAGACCAAGUCCGAAUUCCGAGCCUGCAUACUUUCUGAGUAAACUUUCUUUAGAAGAACAAAGAGUGAAGGGGUCACAGAGCUGCGAAGUUUUUAUAGUACAAACACCAAGAGUUUUACGUUGA